GGUCUACUGGUCUCUGGUCUGGUCUACUGGUCUGGUCUAACCCAGCCUGCGUGAAAACUCCCGAGACGCGUCGUGUCAGCGGCAUGAGCUAAACUAGUCAUGGAAACUAAACCGUUCCUGUCUCUGGGGUUCCUGAAGCCCCAGUGCUCGUUGGCUCCUCCCAUGCAGCGAGGUCGCGUGGGCGAGGCUUGUUCCUGCUUCAGUGGCAUGUGUCACCUCCAUCAGCGCCGCCUGUCCACAGACUCAUCGGGCCAGCUGACCUCUUCACCCCUGGGCUCGCCCACUUCCCACCGAGGAAUGCACCCGUCCCUGCUCAGCCCGACGUCCAUGGGGCACUCGGGCUCCCUCCACUCUCCCAUCAGCACGCUGAGUUCGCCCAUGAACGGCCUUGGCUCGCCCUUCUCCGUCAUCAGCUCGCCCAUGGGUCCCCACUCCAUGAACUCGCCCGGCAUGGGAUACGGACCCAGCGUCAGCCCCCAGCUGAACUCCCCGAUGAACUCGGUCAGCAGCUCGGAGGACAUCAAGCCCCCGCUGGGCCUCAACGGCGUGAUGAAGGUGCCCGCCCAGCCCUCGGGGACGGUCCUGUCGCUCACCAAGCACAUCUGCGCCAUCUGCGGAGACCGCUCCUCAGGUAAACACUACGGGGUGUACAGCUGCGAGGGCUGCAAAGGUUUUUUCAAACGGACGGUGCGCAAAGACCUCACCUACACCUGCCGCGACAACAAGAACUGUGUCAUCGACAAGCGCCAGAGGAACCGCUGCCAGUACUGCCGCUACCAGAAGUGUUUAGCCAUGGGCAUGAAGAGAGAAGUUUUGUUACAUGCAGCCGUUCAGGAGGAGCGCCAGCGAGCCAAGGAGAGAAACGAGAACGAGGUGGAGUCCACCAGCUGCGCCAACGAGGAUAUGCCCGUGGAGAAGAUCCUGGAGGCCGAGCAGGCGGUGGAACCCAAAACCGAGACCUACAUCGAGACCAACCUCGGUGUGCCAUCCAAUUCGCCCAACGACCCGGUGACAAAUAUCUGUCAGGCGGCUGACAAACAGCUCUUCACCCUGGUGGAGUGGGCCAAGAGGAUCCCCCACUUCUCUGAGCUGCCGCUGGACGACCAGGUCAUCCUUCUAAGAGCAGGUUGGAACGAACUCCUCAUUGCAUCGUUUUCGCACCGUUCGAUAUCGAUCAAAGACGGGAUCCUGCUGGCGACCGGGCUGCACGUCCACCGCAACAGCGCCCAUAGUGCCGGAGUGGGAGCCAUCUUUGACAGAGUGCUCACAGAGCUGGUGUCAAAGAUGAGGGACAUGCAGAUGGAUAAGACAGAACUGGGGUGCCUUCGAGCUAUAGUCCUUUUCAACCCAGACUCUAAAGGUCUGUCCAAUCCAGGUGAGGUAGAAGCUCUGAGAGAGAAAGUGUACGCGUCUUUAGAGGCCUACUGCAAACAGAAGUACCCCGACCAGCCUGGCAGGUUCGCCAAGCUGUUGCUGCGGUUACCAGCACUGCGCUCCAUCGGCCUCAAGUGUCUGGAGCACUUGUUCUUCUUCAAGCUUAUCGGGGACACGCCCAUCGACACCUUCCUCAUGGAGAUGCUGGAAGCCCCCCAUCAAAUGACAUCAUAGCAUUGAGGGUUGAGCCCCCCCCCCCCCCAGAUCUCCCACCAGCCCUGGAUCAGAGGCAGUGUCCUUUUUUUCUCUUUUGUUUUUUAAGAAAAAUCCAGUCUCCAGCGAGGGACAGAUCAUGUGACGGAUGGAGAACCUCUCCCGUCCCUCCCUACCCUCCCCCCUUUUGAUGUGUUUCAAAACAAUGAGUUCAUCAUGUCUAUGGGUCUGUUUUAUACCUUGUAAAAAAUAUAUAAAUAAGAAAUAUAUAUAUAUAUAUAAAUAUAGAUAUGAAAAUCACACGGCGACACGAGUGACAACAGUGGACUUCAAAUAAGGUCGGACAGAAGACAGAAGAAGCGCAUUGAGCCAUCGUUUUCAUCCUUGCUUUUCCUACACCGCGUCAAGAAAAAGCAGACGAUCGGGUUUUAACACCCACAGUUGCAGGUAUUUUGAAAAAACUAAAAACGAGAAAAAAAACGGCGUUGAUGUCACAUUUGGACACUCAGCGUUGUGAUCGGGACAAUCAUGGACUGGGAGAGCCUCAGGCCGUCUACACUUGGACCUGAGACCUCUAUCCCUCUCUUUUUCAGGACUGAACUCACUUUGGGGGGGGACGGUGUGUGUCUGGGGGAGGGGCAACGUCCGCUUAGAGGAACCCGUCGUUUCCUGCCCGACUCGACGGAACACGUCAGGUCUUGCACUAGCUGUUCUGAGCUUUCUGGAGUCGGACUCGGAGGGAGGUUUUACCGAGACUGCAAGUUUUUUAAAGAAACCUCAGGUGUCUGCCCGAUUCCAACAAAUACAAACCACAUGUGACUCUGUCAGCACUGUGCGACGUCGGGGGAGGAAGACAUUUUAGUUAAUCCGCCCUUCGGUUAAACGUAAUCGAAUUUAGUCGGGAGAGCUCAUCACGUACAAUCUCCGCAGUUCGUCUAGACGCAGGGAGAUGCAGUCUGAUAGCGGCACAUUAGCUUUACGACGCUACAAGAUGCUCAGAAACUUCACGUCAUCCCAUGUCACAACAUCUGGGCCUUUUGUUGCAACGCUCGCUGGAAACAGAGCACACGGUUUUAUAUUUUGGGGGGGAAACGUCAUCGCUCUUGCUGGCGAACUCCAAGCUCCCUUUUUUCGUACCCUUCUCCUCAUUUCACGGGACUUUCAGCACACCAUUUUCACACCUCCACACUCAGAAAAACCUCCCACACGCGCCGGGAUAUUAGCUUUUUCCAAACACCACAUCUACCUGUACAGAGAGUUACAACCGUAUACAGUAUUGACUUUAUUUUGAUUUUAGCAGCAGUGAUGCACGAUUACCUCUGUUCUCCAUCCGUCUGACCGUCACGUCGAACCGUUUUCCGGCGUGCGGGAGAAGAGCUUGUGGUCGCAGCAGAGCCAUUUGUUUUGUUUAUUUGUUUGUUACUUGGCACUUAACCUCAUGACGGCGGAGUCGGGUUCCUGAACGGAGAGCUGAUGUUGAUGUGAUGGACCUCUGAGGUGGAAUCUGGCACGAUCAGGGACGCACCAGUUUCAGCGGGACACACACACACACACACACACACACACACACACACACACACACACACACACACACACACACACACACACACACUCGCUCUCCCUGCACUUCUCUGGACAAGCCGGUGUCAUUCAAGUGGAACUGAAAUGUUAGCUAUCUCCAUGUUAUGUAUAAUUAUGCUUUAUGUCCAUAUUCUGUUUGUUGUUUUUCCUUCCUCCUCUGCUUUUCUCUAAAUGCUGCAGCUGCUGCAAAAACUAUGCAUCGAGUGCAUUUCCAAAGAUUGUCCACAGAGCGGAUGCGUGUUAGUGUGUAACAGGUCAAGUGUUUGUGAGGUGUAAUAAUUUCCUGGACCGGAGUAAACAACUUGUUUAGGCUUUAUUUCCCCCACUAUUCAGACAUUUAAUAGUCAGUCAGUAAUGGUUUAUUCACCAUGGACGAAAAUAAACAACUGUUUUAUGGAGCAGUGGAGCGGAGCAGAGUUUAAGGACGUGGUAAAUAGUAGCUAUUGCCAAGUACAAUAGGAAAAAAGGCCCAAAAGAUAAUUCAAUUAAGGAUUUUUUUUCUUUUUUCUAUUUCUGCUUGUUCGUCACGCUUUCAUGAGCGCCUCGACACUAACUGGACCUGAAAGAACCUGAGCACUGUGUUUUCAGAAUCCUGGGAUAAAGUGAAACGGUCUCGGUCGUAUGGAACCUUGAGUAUGCCAGAGCUUCAUUUAUUAUCGCUCUUUUUAAAAAACAAUUUAGCCACAUAUUAAUUGAUAAUAUCAAAAUAUUUGUCGGUGGCACCAUCAGGACUCCAUAGAACUGUUGACUCGGACCAAAACACCAACAAUACGAUGUCCAUUUCUUCAUCGUGAUUUGGGUCCAGUUUCACAGCAGGGCCUCCACCAUGGGGGUCAGCUAAACAGAUGUUAUUCCGCCUCUGUGAAACUGAUCCCAGCAAUGCAAAAAGCAGAGACUUGGGUCAGAUGCCAGCUCUUUGCUGCUAGAUAUACUGCUCACUAGCUCCAAGCAGGACGACAACAUUUACAUUCAGUUUAGAUUAGAGAGGAUGUGGCGGCCAUUUAAGAGCUGUGAGCUCCCUCUGGUGGAGGAGAAGUGGCGCUGCGACGUUACUUGAAUUUUUCUACAAGUAUUUAAUCAGACAAGAAGAUGGCACUUUCUUGUUGUGUUGUUAUCAUCACUCAGACAAAACCUCAGCGUCUGUGCUUGUUUAAGCUGAAAGAGGAGAGAAGCAAUAACUUCAGUAUUGGCUGGCUGGCUGUUUGAUUAUUAAUCAAACAGUUUCAGUGAGGUGGCCUGUUAUUAUCAUGAACCAUCCAGGGGACAGUAUUGACUGCCGGUCUGAGAUCAGUUUACAGUAUUUAUAUUCUGGAUCAGUUGUACUUGUUUGUCUGUUUAAUCGAAAAAGAAAAAAAAUUGAAUUUGCUGAUAAGUCUUACAACGUAAGCAUUUAGUCUGGGCUAGAUUUGCUGAUGUUUUUUUAGAGGAACGAUUUCAAUCAAGGAGAGCAGACAAUAAGCGAUUUAAGCGUUCUUUUUAUUCGACUGGGUGACCAACUUUAUCAUAAAUAUCCUCCUGCUCCUUUAAGGCCGGUGUCUCCCCCUCUUAGUUUACUGUGAUUGGCCGAGCGCAGGUCUCUUAAGCCAUAAAGUGGCUCCGAUAAAGACAGGCUCACCCACAUGAAUGCUUUAUAACACAAAGCUCUAUUUUGUUAAUAUGUAUAUGUGUAUAUAUUUAUAAAUCUAUAUCGACAGAUCUGUUCUUUGAGGAUUUCCGACAUUGAAAGAGGGAGACAGGUCUGUCAGACCAAAAUGUGUUUUUUUUGUCACAAAUAUCUGAGUUUUGUUUUUUUUCUUUUUUUUAAGACUGACUUGAUCAAACCCUGGUCAACCAGCAGAAUCGCAGCAGCUCAAAACUGAAACAGAACCAGCUUCUCACCCAUAUAUGGGACCUCAAUAAAACCGUGAAAGAGAAACAAAAACAAAACAAGGUUAAGACUUUAAACCCUCCGAGAUGUGUGUGUUGCUUGGCAAUUGUAUGUUCAAAAAGUGUAAUAAUCAGGAAAAGCUGGGCUUGUGACACAAUCACCGCUUUCUUUGUUGCAUCAAUGGUAAAAUGUUUAAGUAAGAAAAAAAAAGGAUAAAAAAAAAAAAGAAAAAACACUUGGAAAAAGAUCUAUUUUUGUACAAAGGUAAUUUUAUCCCUUGCUUGUGUUCUCUGUUCUCUCCCUUUUCUUCUGCGGGCUGUUGCAUACGUUGUGGAAAAGCUUAUUCAACAAGGCAAUUUUCAGAUUGAAAAUUUAAGGUGCGAGGUAAAUGUCGGUUUUGGCACCUCGGUAACCGUGUCGCCUUUACUUUGCCAUUUUCAACCCGUCGCUGCAAGACGGGGAAUGUCCUCUUUAAUUAUAUUUUUGUCGAUUUUUAAAGAGAUGGAAUUUUUGUCUUCUGUUCUUUGUGGGUUGUUCUCUGAUGUUCUUAUCUUUCAUGGACA